AUGGAUUUUUUAUACUAUCAGCAAUAUAUUAUUGCACAAGAUACAGAUAGUCACAAUAAUAAUCAAAAUAGCAGCAGCAAUAAAAAUAACAAUACUAAUAGCAACAAUUCCAAUGUUUUGCCUGAACCAGCUACUAGAUUAAGUUUAACAGAUGUAGUACCUAAUAAACAAUUCCCAGGUACUGGGUCUAAUAAUAGCACCGCUAGUAAUAAUACUCCUUUGAAUUUAAAUUUACUAAAAAAUAUUAUUAAUAAUGAUGUUGCUAGUAAUACUAGUUUAAUCGCAAACGGUAAUGAUUUAAGUUAUAAAAUGGCUAAGUACGCAGAAAUAUCAUUAAAUGAAUUUUCUAAUAAUAACGGUCAGGGUCUUAAUAAUAAAGACAAUGUUAAUGAUAACAGUAACAUUGUCACCAAAAAUGCUACAAAUUUUGUAAGUUCUAAUUAUCAAAGACAACAACUACAAUUGCCUUCAGUCUCAUCAAAUAUUCAAGAUUAUAUAAGGAAAGGCAAUGAUGAUUUAGCUUCCUUUGACUUAGAGACUGACACUAACAUUGUAUCACCAAAUAAAAAACUUAGUGCUAUCGCUGUUAAUAGUAACAGCAUUUUAAGUCUUGCUGAUCAACUAUUGGCUACCAAAUUAUCUAAUAUUUUGGCUGAUGCUAGUACUAGCAGUUUCAGCGGUAACAGUGUUCGCAACACAGGCAUCACCGCUUCAAGCACUAUUACGAAUUUAAGAAAAUGUAUUUUAAUUUUACAAACCAUGAUCGAAGAUGAUGCUGCUACUUGUGAGAACACAAAGGAUAUUAUAAAUUUUAAGGAGCUAUUAAGAACUGAUUUUGUGGGUGCUUUAAAAAGAAAAACCUUAAGAAGCCAAUUGGAAAGAGAAGUUUUGAAGGAAAAUCAAUAUUUUUUGAAUAUGUACAUUCCUAUAAUUAAAAGUUUAAAUAGACUUAGCGAUCCAUUGAUGAAAAUUCUAGCAAUUGUUAAAAAAGAUGAAAAGGCUCGGGACGUUUUUCAUAAAAAAAUUACAGAAAACAUUUAUGGGAACAACUCUGAAAUUUUAACUUUAAGAAACGAUUUAAAAAUGUUAAAAUUGAAAAAGACAAUUUUAAUCUAUUUGAAAAACAAUUUUACCUUAAAUCAAUUACAAGAUGACAUUUUGAAAAAUGGAGAUGUCAAUUUAGAAUUUUUUCAAGUUGUUGAUAAAAUUCUACAGAUUAAAGAGAAUUGUGCUUAUUUGUUAAGUGCUGACGAAAAUAUAGGAGAGGCUGGGACCGUUUUAAAUUCCCAAUUAAAUGAUUAUUUGAAUAUUGCCACUAAAAAAAUAUACAAUUCCUUAUUAGAUUUUCUUUACGAGUAUGAUUCUCGAGAAGCUACAAACCGUAGCAACACUUCGUAUUUCCCUCAAUCACAAAAAAUUGAUGAUGAUGCUACAAUUAGCUUAUUUAAAAAAAAACUAGUUUAUCUUUCAAAUGAUGUUGAAUUUUUCAAUAGCUUUUUAACCAAAGUCAUUGAUACAAGAUCCAAGAAAAAUUUAGAUGAUUUCUUGAGCCAAUUCGAACUAAAUAUGGGCACAACUGUGAAUACUCCCGUUUUUACCAGUAAGGAUAAAAAUUCUAAGGUUAGGCCUAUAAUCUUAAGUGCACAUGACCCCAUUAGAUACUUAGGAGAUGUUUUAGCUUAUGUACAUUCAUUGCUCGUUAAUGAGCAAGAUUUUGUUGAUUCGCUAUUUAAAUUUCAAAAUGAAAGUUUGGAGCAUGUUCCCAAGAUUAUUUUACAAGAAACUCGUACUUAUUUACAAGGGUUGGAUAAUAAAGUGUUGAAUGGGAUUUUUGCAAAAUUGGCUAAUAGCAUUAGAAUUAGAUUAGAACAGAUAAUUAGAUUCGAAAGUGAUUGUACAAUCAAUCUGGAAAUUAUUCAGUUAUUAAAGUUAUAUCAAAUGAUGUACACUAAAUAUGGUAUUUCACAGAAUAAUUUGAUAAUCAAAAAUUUAAAAGAAUUGAAAGUUGUAGCACAAUCCAAGAUUAUUCAGGAUUUUGCUGAUUUCAUCGAAAAUAAUAAUGUUAAGCCUAGUGAAAAUGUGGCAAAUGCAAAUUUAUUACCACCAGAAUGGUUGCCCAAAUAUUUGAACAAAAUAUGCGAUUUUUUCGGCAAAUUAGAAAGUAGCCUGGAUUCCUUUAGUAGUGAGGAGGAAGAAACAAGGUUUACUAAUAAAGUUUUGAAAGAACCAUUCAUGGAAAUUUUACCUAAACAAUUGCUAAAUUCAUACCCUAAGUCUAAAAAGGAAACUACUGCCAAAGUCUCCCUAUUGAUUAUGCAAGUUAAUUGCUUCGAUUUGAUUAAAAGUAGAAUAAUGCCAUUUCACCAGACAAUUUUCAACGGCGAUAAUAAUGUUAAAAUGAGUGAAAUAUAUAAGGCGCUACUUCAGGAAUUGGACAAGUACGUGAACAAACUAUUAGAAGUACAAACAAGAAUACUAUUUACUAGUACUGGUUGUGAAAUAUACUACAAUCUCUUCAAUAUGAUUUUCCCUAUUGAAUCAGUCCAAGAGGACGUCGAUUAUGAAAUGUAUUAUUCUGUUUUGGAAAACCCUAUCAUGAAUCUAGAUAAAAUUGGCCAUUCUGUCACAAAAAGUUUAAACGAUUACCUACCAAAAGCAUUGACGGAUUUUCAAGACAAAUUGCUAUUUAAUUUGACAUCACCUAUAAUUGCAGACGAUAUUUCAAACAAAUGUUUCACUAAAUUUUCUCAAUUUUAUAGUGUUUUUCGAAACGUCUUGUUUUUAUUGUACCCUAAUGACAAAGAAAGAAUCAUUCAAGUAUUAAAUUUUACACCGCAAGAAGUAGAUACGUUAAUUGGUAUUGCAUAG